AUGGAAGUGGCUGUGAUGGUGCCGCCGGACAUGAUGAGCUAUCCUGGAAAAGCGGAGGUCCGAGUGAUUUAUGGGGAGGACAUGGUCCUCGGAUGCAUGGUCGCCUUCCUGACCGAGUACGAGAAGAUGUUCCGCGAGAAGCCUGGUUCCAAGGACAGCUUUUGGCUAAUGCCAGUUCAGGACUUGACCGAGCGUGUCAAAGAGUGGAUCGUGGCCUUUACAUCCAUGCCUUUGAAGUGGUAUGUGUGUCCGUCCGAGUCUGCCGUCAUGCUUACCACCUUCCGCAUGGACGAAGCCCUCAAAAGCAAAGCCUCAAUGAAGUUGACGUUCACGGCCGCGGCCGCAAAGGUCAUGUACACCAAGGAAGUCUUGUUGAGGGAGGGCAUAGUGAAGGGCGACCAAGCCUUGGUGGAAUGGUUCAGGCAGGUGAAGACGACCGACACAGACGAGAUGGGUGGCAAGGCCGAGGACAAGAAGGAAGCGUCCGAGGGACCAUACUCGGCGUCCGCGCUGAAGUGCAUGAGCGUUUUCGCGGAUGAAGUGUUGUCCUGCGAUUCCUUGAAGCUGGAGUUCGAGCGCGUGGAAGCGAUGUGCUUGGGCAAGGAGGGGCCCGUGUCGGGCUGGACCAAGGUGGACAAGAUGAUGACCUGCGUCCGAGGACGAAGGGAUUACUACCGGUUCAUCGUCCGAAGCAUCCGAAGCGGCAUUCUCAAGGGCCACUUCUCAACUGUCAUGGGCAAGGACAUUCUUGUCGGCGGCCGAGGAAAGGUGGGCCUUUGGGAGACGCUGUGCUGGCGGUACAGCUACAUGAAGGAACUCAUCUUGAAGUGCAUCGCGGCGCCCGAGUCGCAGCAGCAGGCACGAAGCGCGGUUCUGGACCCGGAGAAGCACGACGAGACAUAUGCCGGAUCUUGCGUUUGGAUGGCGGCCGAGAAGAAGUCGGUCCAGAUGGUGUUGGACCUGAUGCACGAGAUUCAGGGCGGUGAGUUCGAUGCGAGCCUUCGUGGACUGGCGAAAAACCAGCCCGGCGCCUCGGUGACCGACAUGCUCAGCUAUGGCUCUUUCGCCGAUGUCAUGACCAAGAUUGAGGAGCAAAAGAACAAGGACUUCCCGCCCACGGCGCUUAAUAUCCUCAGUCUGUUUACCAGCGAUGGUGGUGAUGGCGGUGCUGAGUCGAGUGCAAAUCUCCAGCCGAUGUCCGAGGCCGCAGAGCUCAAAGAAAAGCUGCUAUCCAUGGCGAAGGCCAAGACGGCCAAGCUUUUCGAGCUGCUGACGCCCCCAGCAAUGAGCUCGCCCGAGUCCAUUGCCAAGAUCUUCACCCAGACCGUCACCGCAAAGGCCGAGUUGAAGAAGAACACGACAGGCGUGAUCUUCGUGAAUCCGAAGAUGUGGACCGAGAGUAAGACGAGGGCUUACGCGACUUUCCCUCCGAGUCUUGGCUGGCAUGAAGCGAAUACUGGCGUUGUCUGA